UUUGGAGAACAAUUUGAUAAUUAGGUCCUUUGUAUCUGAUAGUUCUGUUGAGUGGCAGAUCCGCGCCGAUGGUGUGACCUCUGGUGGUUACAAAAUACAAAAUCUAAAAUCGAAAUAAAACGUUAUUGGGGCAGAAAUCAAAACCAUAGAUAGAGUUAUUACUCCCUAUAACAUGUGGUGGUGAUUUGAAGAUGGCAGACUUACCAGGGUAUCUUCGUGCCUGUUUGAACACAGGGAAGCUUGCCUCCUUGGCAAUUUUGGUGUCUGGAGGAAUUGUCUUGCAAAUUUUGGCAUGUGCCUUGUAUAAUAACUGGUGGCCGAUGCUGAGUGUGUUAACGUAUGUGCUUCUGCCAAUGCCUUUGCUGUUCUUUGCGGGGUCUGAUGAUUCUAUAUUUUCUGAAUCUGAUAAUAGCUGGGUGAAUUUUACUAAGUUCUUGACUGGAGCCUCAACUGUGGGAGGUAUUGCCAUUCCAAGCAUAUUAAAGCAUGCUGGGGUUAUCGGUUGGGGAGCCUUUGCAAUGGAACUCUCUUCCUACUUUGUGUUUGGAAUGGCCAUAAUAUGUUACCUUUGGAUGAGUGGUGAUGAUGAUUACAGUAUCCUAUGAGAUAAGACUUUAGCCGGGCUUGCUUCGUCAGUGUAAAAAUGGAUUUAUUCCUUUCAUGUGCUAUUGAUUUUUCUUGCUUUUGUGAGCUUUACCACAGCAUAUUUCUUUUCCCGUUUAGAAUACUGGCUACCUCAAGUAAUAGCGUUUAACAACGAAUCAUUGAUGUACCAAUUGUAGAGGAGGUUUCAGCCAAGUAUACGGGAAUUGUAUGUAAUAGACGAUCUUGUGUCUGUUCAGGAAUGAGGCAGCUUUGUUGCGCCUUCUUAUUGUGAUUGUAAGUUUGAUUUUCAUUAAGCUAUUUGAUACCAUUGGUGGAGUUCUUCUGUA